UACAAAAUUGAAACACGAAGCCCAAAUUCCUGUACGGGCCUUGCCCACCAAAGACGGAACAAUUUAUGCCGAACUGAUGUGUUCUCUGAAACACAGAAACAUGGGAGACGAAUUCAAGCACACAGCUGUACUCGUCAUUGACAUGCAGAAAGAUUUCAUAGAAGGGGAUGGUCCUGUGCUAGUGAAAGGAGGCAAAUCCAUAGUCCCAAAUGUAGUAGAGGCUGUUCGAAUCGCUAGGCAGCGUGGCUUCCUCGUAGUUUGGGUUGUGCGUGAACAUGACCCACUAGGAAGAGAUGUUGAGCUAUUUCGCCGGCAUUUGUAUCCUGCUGGGAAAGAGGGUCCAACGGUUAAGGGAAAGAUAGGUGCUGAACUUGUUGAUGGGCUUGUGAUCGAAGAAGGGGACUAUAAAGUUGUCAAGACCCGAUUUAGUGCAUUCUUUGCUACACACCUUGAUUCGUUUCUUAAGAGUAAUGGAGUGGACAGUCUGGUUGUCAUUGGUGUUCAGACUCCAAACUGCAUUAGGCAGACUGUGUUUGAUGGUGUAGCUUUGGACUACAAAUCUGUUACAGUUAUUGUUGAUGCCACAGCUGCUGCUACAGCUGAAGUACAUGCUGCCAAUAUAUUUGACAUGAAGAAUGUUGGAGUUGCAACACUAACCUUACAAGAAUGGUUUGAAUUGGGAGCCUCAUCCUCAAUCUGUUAACCACUACAAAUCCUUGAUUUGGCAAUAAUAUGGUCAUGUAUAGCUAGUGUAGACCAAUGAAAGAUUUUGUUCCUUUAGUUUGAUUAUUUACCAUGCAUAACUUUUGAGCAAAACCAGUCUAUAAUUUAGAUCUACACUGGCUUUGAUGCAAGGAAAAACAACACAAGGAAAUAAAUAAGUCUGCUGGCUGAUGGCUAUGCAAGCAAUAUAUGGACAGUUAUCUUAAGUUUGCAGAUCUGCUUGGGCAGAUUCAUUUUCUCUUCA